AUGACCAGGUUAUUGGUCUUAUUGGUACCAAUAUUCGCCUCGGUUUCCUGCCAAUUCGACCAGCAUUUUGUCGAUUUUCUCCACACCAAAUAUGGUCCUGAGAUGCACCGGAAAUUGUCUCGGGCGGACCUGAAAAAUGUCGGCAGCUUUGGCGGCGGUUAUUUGGAGGGCAAUGGGUUCGGUUUCCUUAUUUUCAGCGAAAAAUCGAAAAAAAUACUCGAUUUUCUGUGUAAAACCUUGAAGAUACGCAUUUUGGCGACAUGAAAGUGCGGUUUUUCAUUUUGGUACUUGUUCCAAAGCUGCGCCGGACCUUACACUGCUUAAAGAUGUCACAGCGCGCAAGUAGUUUCUGGUCGGAUGCACCUCACAAAUAACACCGCCGCUUUGAGCCAUUCCGAACGUGGAAUGAGGAUACUAUAGAAAACAUAAAUUUUGCGGUAAAAAUGUAAUUUUUCCUUUUGGCACUUUCCCCACAGCUUUGCCGGACCUUACACUGCUUGAAGAUGUUACCGGGCGCAAGUAGUUUCUGGUCGGGUGCAUCCCGAUUAUGACCGCGACGCUUUGAACAACGCGUUUUGGCGACAUAAAAAUGUUAUUUCCAUUAUGGUAUUAGUCCCAUAGCUGCGCCCGACCUCAAACUGCUUAAAGAUGUUCCCGCGGGCAAGUAGUUUUUGGUCGGAUGCAUCUUAUUUAUGAACGCGACGAUUUGGACUUUCCGAACGUGGAAUGAGGAUACUAUAGAAAACAUAAAUUUUGCGGUAAAAAUGUAAUUUUUCAUUUUGGUGCCGAAAGGACCUUACACUGCUUAAAGAUGUUACCACGCGCAAGUAGUUUCUGGUCGGGUGCACCUCAAAAAUUGUACCGCCGCUUUGAUCCAUUCCGAACCUGGAACGAGGAUGCUGUAGGAAACAUAAAUUUCGCGGUAAAAAUGUAAUUUUUCAUUUUGGUACUAAAAGGACUUUACACUGCUUGAAGAUGUUACCACGCGCAAGCAGUUUCUGGUCGGGUGCAGCUCAAAAAUUGCACCGCCGCUUUGAGCCAUUCCGAACGUGGAAUAGGGACACUGUAGGAAACAUAAAUUUCGCGGUAAAAAUGUAAUUUUUCAUUUUGGUACUAAAAGGACUUUACACUGCUUGAAGAUGUUACCACGCGCAAGCAGUUUCUGGUCGGGUGCAGCUCAAAAAUUGCACCGCCGCUUUGAGCCAUUCCGAACGUGGAAUAGGGACACUGUAGGAGACCUAAAUUGAGGGAGACUUCUCAAAAUAAGAGGCACAAGGCGACUUGAAGAGAGUCUAGAGAAAGAGAGUGUCUUUGCUUGUCUGGCGUCUCUUCAGGCCGCCAUUGAUCUCUCGCUCUAGAUUUUUUUUUCCACCAAAAAAAAUCUUUCUCUGUCCAAAAAAGACAUAUAGGAAGGAGAAAAAAACUGGUGAAAAUUUCUAAAAAUAACGUAAAAAUUGGGUUUUUUUGCCCUUCUUUUCAGUGCAUCUUUUUAAAACCGUGAAGAAAAUUUCGAAUUUCAGUGCCCGACCUGUGAUUUUAGUCCAUGGAUUCCGGAACCAGGCCGGUACUUUAUGGAAAGUUCGGCGCGAUUUUGUCGCCGGGGGUGGGAUUUUCGAUCGAUUUUUCAGAAAAUAAUCAAUAACUUGUAGGAAUUCCAAGCCAGAGAAUUUUCGCGACCAGCUGGGGAGGCGGCGAAACUCCAGAUUGGCAACUCGGGGAGUCCCUGUCCUGUGAACACGUCUUGAGGGUGAGGACUUGUCUCGAUUUUUGAAAAUUUCUGGAUUUUAUUCUUGCUUUUCCCCACGUUAUAAGCUUACGAAGCGAAAAAAAUUUCAAAAAGAAAAAAAUUUUUUUGCCUUGAUUUCUUUAUUAAUUUCUCUAGAAGCCUCAUUUUCAGAAUAAAUCUAGGCAAUUUCAAAAAAAAAAAAAUUACUUAAAAAAUGGCUUGUAAAAGUUGCCUCGACAGUCCUGCUUGGAGAUUUUGAUCAAUUUUCCUGUUUCCCAAAAAUUUUUUAGCUUUUUUUCGAGAUCCCUGCGACAAUUCACGUUGCUUUUCGAGAUGAAAUAUUUUUUUUGGAACUAAAGUCCUUUAUUUUCAAUCUUAUAAAGGGAAAAUAUUUCUGAUUCACUUGAGCCAUCGAAAAAAUGGGUCCCGACACGAUUAAAAAAAGAGAGAGAUAGCGCCUGGUUCGUGGAGAGCGCAGACAGGCCACGCCCCUUGGGAGAAAUUUUGAUAAACUGGGAAAAUUUUAAGUCGCCACUAAAGAGACAAGGACUACUUGGGGAGGAUACUAAAGCGGCCACUAAAACCACCUCUUAAGUGGCUACUAUUUUCCGUUUUAGUGGCCACUUGAGUAGUUUUUCAUCCAUUGUUCCUUCCAGUAACUCUGAUAAUUUAAAACAAACAGAUUGGACCAGUUAUGUUGAUCCACAUUGACCCCUAGAGUGGCCACCAAAAUUUUUAGUGGUCUAGUAGUAGCACUAAGGCCUCUAUAGUGACCACUAAUUUUUAAUCCCUUAAGUGGCCGCUAAUUUUACUACUACAGUGGCCACUCAUACGUCAAAACCCUAUAGUGGCCACUCAUACGUCAAAACCCUAUAGAGGCCACUAAAAAUUUUCCCAGAAAAGUAGACACUUUUCGCGUGUCUGCGUCUCUCUGUUCCCUCACCGGUCAGAGAAAUGUGGAAAUAGCACGGAAACGUGAGAGAGAGAGGAGGGCGCUGAGAAAUAAAGUUUCAGAAAUUAGAAUUUUUCAAUGAUUUUUUGAAUAUAUUUUCUGCAGAUUCGAGAAUUCAUCGAAGCGGUUUCCCGCUACGCGAACAGCGACGUCGACGUCGUCGCCUACUCGAUGGGCGGCCCCCUCGCCAGAAAGGCAUCUUUUAAUCUUUCCGACGGGAAAAAAACAUGAUCCCCGCAAGAUGAUACCGUUUGGGAAUCUCGUUCAGCAGCAAACCAUUGGGAUCAAAUCGCAUUGAUUAGUCUGGCAGAUUCAUUUUCGUCGCUAGGUGCCUUUAAAAAAAGGAAGGGAGAAAUACAGGGCGCUUUGAAGAGAGUUUAGAGAAAGAGAGAGAAAAUCUGAUUUUCUGACCUUUAUCAAGCUUCUUUGUGAUGUUCGAGUAAGGUAAAUUGAAUAAAUUGAAAUCGAGUUAGAGAAAGGGAGAGAGUAUAGACGACUUGAAGAGAGUUUAGAGAAAGAGAAAAAUUCUCUGAUUGUCUGGCGUCUCUUCAGGCUUCAGUUGAUCUUUCGGUUUCGCUUUCUCGACUUUUCGAAUUUAAAAACUUGACAAAGAAAAAAAUAGACCUGAGGUUGAAUUUAGAGAAAGAGAGAGAGAGAUUGUAAACGGUUUGAAGAGAGUUUAGAGAAAGAGAAAAACCUUCUGACCGUCUGGCGUCUCUUCAAGCCGUAGUUGAUCUCUCGUUUUGGCUCAUUUCACGAUCGGUUUCAAGGAUUUCGAAACUAAAAUAAUUUUGAAAGAUACUAAGAUGGAUCAAUAGGCCUGAAGAGACCCCAGACAACGAAAGUGUCUCUAGCUGUCUGGCGUCUCUUCAGGCUUCAGUUGAUCUCUCGCUUCAGUUACACUUUUCUUUCAUUUUCAAGCGGGGCUGAUGUUUCUCAAGUUUUCGCUGAUUAGAUUAUUAGAAAUUUCAAAAAUUCAGGCGAUCCUCGGAGGGGCCUGCGUCGAAAACGGCCACCAACUCGGCAAACCUCUAACCCACAAAGUCCAUACUUUCAUUUCCGUUGCCAGUCCUCAUCAUGGUGGGUUUCAGGGUUUUUUAAGAGGUCACUGUAGUGGUCAAGACGGAUCCCUUAAGGGACCACUUCACUACUGUUUUUGGAGAUGAAUUUCAGUUAUAUUCCUUCGGCCUCAUUUCACGUUCCCUUAAAAAUGUCCACUUUUUCCUGAAGUCUCUAGGGAUUACUUAAGGGGAAGGCUUCCCUAGUGGCCAGUCCUCAUCAUUGGAGGUUCCAGGCUUUUCAAGAGGCCAUUUUAGUGGUCAAAACCUCUCAAGUGACCACUUCAUCGCUCUUUUUUGAAGAUGAUUUUAAGUUAUUUUCAUCUGGCCUCACCUAACUGUCCAUUAGAAAACGCUCACUUUGUCCUCAAGUCUCUAGGGACUACUUAAGGAGAGGGCUUUCUAAAAACCCCUGAAGGGUCACUUUAAAAUCCCAAAUUAUCACUUGAGAGUUUUUGACUACAGUGAAAUAUUUGGUCUUUUGUCAAUUUGGAAGCUUACUUGAGUGAUAACUUCGAAUUCGGAGCCCUUAAGAAACAACUUUAUCGCCAUUUUAGAGAGGAAAAAAGGCCCUUAAGAGACCACUUUAUCGCCAUUUUAGAGGGGGAAAAAAAAGCCCUUAAGUGAUCACUUUAUCGCCGGCUUAGAGGUGAAAAAAGCCCUUAAGUGACCACUUUAUCGCCUUUUUAGAAAUGAAAAAAGCCCUUAAGUGACCCCUAUAUCGCUGGUUUCCUUGAGUGAUAACUUCGAAUUCGGAGCCCUGCAGUGACCACUUCAUCGCCAUUUUAGAAAUGAAAAAAAUCCCUUAAGUGACCAUUUUAUCGUCGGCUUUCUUGAGAGAUACUUCGAAUUUGGAGCCCUUAAGUGACCACUUUAUCGCCAUUUUUGAGAUGAAAAAAGCCCUUAAGUGACCACUAUAUCGUCGACUUCCUUGAGUGAUAACUUCGAAUUUAGAGCCCUUAAUUGACCACUUCAUCGCCAUUUUAGAGAUGAAAAAGCCCUUAAGUGACUCCUUUAUGGACAGCAUCCUUAAGUGAUAACUUCGAAUUCGGAACCCUCAAACGUCAAAAAUCGGAAAAUAAUCCUUCCCAGGCUCAUACCUCUGCAUGUUCCCCUUCGGGCACAUUUGCAACUUUGUCAACGGCGUUUCCUGCUUCUCCAAGUUCCUCCAAGAUAUCAACGCGAGGUGAUUUUAUCACAAAAAAUUGUAAUCAACUCGAAUUUUCCAGCAAACGGUACGAAGGCAAGUUUGUGUACAGCAUCGCCUCGGAGCAGGACGAAAUCGUCGGUUAUUGGGCCUGUGGAACCAAAACUUCCAUGAUCCCCGGGUCGAAGGAAGUCAGCGUGAGUUUUCAGAAGGGAGAAUGAAGGGGACCGCAUUUGGAAUGGCUAAAAGCUUCGAAUGUAGUCUUUCUUCAAGGCUCCAUGACGCCAAGUCGUUUCUGGUCGGGUGCAAUUGACCAGGAGAUCCCUAGCGCUCGACCCUCAUAGCUUAGUCAGCAGCGAGAGAUAAUGAGAAUCAAAGAGGGUGUUAGAGAAUCUAAGCUAGUUCUGCAGUACGACGAAGUCAAGGUGAAAAAAUGGACCUUUAAAUUUUUUGGUCGCAUUUGGAAUGGCUUGAAACUUUUCAAGUUGAGCCUUACUUUGAUGAUUCAUGACGCCAAGUCGUUUCUGGUCGGGUGCAAUGAAAAAAUGACCCGUACACUUCUAGAUGUUUUUUACCCCUGCGCCCGACCCUCAUAGCUUAGUCAGCAGCGAGAGAUAAUGAGAACCAGAGAGGGUGUUAGAGAAAUUCAGAUGAAUGCUCUGCAGUACGGCGACGUCAAAGCGAACAAAUAUAACUUGAAACCUUUUGGUCGCAUUUGGAAUGGCUAAACACUUUUCGAGAGGCUUCACGACGCCAAGUCGUUUCUGGUCGGGUGCGAUUGACCAGGAGAUUUUUAGAUGAACGCCCGACCUUCACAGCUUAGUUGGCAGCGAGAGAUAAUGAGAAUCAGAGAGAGUAUUAGAGAAUCUAAGCUAGUUCUGCAGUACGGCGAAGUCAAGGUGAAAAAAUGGACCUUUAAAUUUUUUGGUCGCAUUUGGAAUGGCUGAAAACUUUUCGAGAUGCUUCUUGACGCCAAGCCGUUUCUGGUCGGGUGCAACUGAUCAAGUGAUUCCUAGAUGAUUAUUUAUACCCCUGGGCCCGACCCUCACAACUUUUUAGGCAGCGAGAGAUAAUGAGAACCUGAGAGGGUGUUAGAGAGUUAGACUCCUGCUCCGCCGCACAAAGCCAUUCCCCGUGCGGCUAAGUCGAACAAAUAUGACUAAAUAAAAGUUUUGCAAUGGAUCGAAGCGUUGUGGUCGCGUUGAUUCAGAUUCCAAAGUUAACAUUUGGCGUAAGUCGUUUUGAGUCGGUUGCAAGUUAUAUUGAGCCGGCCAUGCGACCGUUUUUUUUUUCACCUUGAACUGCAGCGCGGUACAGCCAUUCCAAAUGCGGCCAAAUUCAAGAAAAUUUGACUGAUUCCGUAAUUUUAAAAAAUAUUUCGCUGGAAGCCCACUUUUUUCUAGAUCCAAUGGAAAAACCACGAGCAAACGGAAUUCGACACGGCCGAUGUCCAACUUCGCUUACUCCGUCAGUUUCGAAUAAAAAAUUACAAAAUAAUGCUUUAUUUUCAGGUCAAUCUGCGUAG